UUAUUAAACUCCUUACAUUAUUUAAUGACAUGUUACCACAAGAUCAAGCAAUACACUGUGUCAGAAACAAGUGAUCUCAGUAACAUAAUGUCUAUUUGAGUGCAGCUGGAAAAUGCAAUUGAAAAAUCAAGGAAACUUGUUGUGACCAACUGGAAUGAACAGCUAAAGGCAAAGAAAAAGCUGACUGGUUUAACCAAAGAGCAUGAGGCACUCUUUAGCUUUGUGGAAAAGAACAAACACAUCUGCACAGAGAAAGAGAAACAGAAGAUGCUUAACAGAUUGAGUAAAUCAGCAGAGCUUCAAGUCAAAGUUGAUGAGGACUACUUCAGUAUGAACAUGGACAGCGGUCAGAUUAGACUGAAGUGGGAGAACACACUUAAAAGCUGCUACCAGAUUGUCCAGGAAAUUGAGAAGCAAAGAAUAGAGACUCUGAGCAACGCUGUGAAUAAAUACAAUCUCCACAUGUGCAGCUACAGCCAAGCCCUUCUUCACAGUCAGGAGCAGAUUGAGGAGGCCAUCAGGAGACUGGAUGUGGAGAAAGACAUUCAAACUUAUGUGGAAAACACCUGUGUUACAGCAGAUGAUAACAAGGCUGAAUUCCUCAUCGCUGAUUACUUUGAGGAAGAUGGAAAGACAGUAAUGGAAAAAGAAAGACGAAGAGAUACACUGAAGGCGAAACUCCAGCGACUACAGGAAUGCAUUCUUAAAACCAGGAAAGAGAAAGAAGGGCUGGAGAAUAUGGUGGGACUAGACAUUGAAAAUAUCUCACACACGAGUAAAAAAAACCUGGAGGAACAAGAGCAGCUGCUUGAAGAGUCCAUUUUAAAACUGGACCUUUUGGAGGCCACGUACUGUAAACUGAACCAAUCCAUGAUGGACUUAGAGGGGAAACCGAAACCAUCCCAUCGUUUCAAUGACAGCAUCACAAAAUUUAAAGAAAAGGAAGUUGAACACAGCAUAGCUAAACUGCCUCGUCCAGUUCGGAUCAAAAAGACGCCAUUCAGAUCACGUCAGUCUUUUAGGUCUUCAGUCAUUUUUAAAGCUCCUGUGAAAAAUGGUGUAGACCGUCAGGACUCUGUUCCCUCUAUAGAGGCCAGCGAUGGAUCAGCAAAACACACACACAAGCACAAGUCUGGGAUUAAUGGAGCAUCAUCAAGGUCUCAGGAGGAAACCAGGGAAUGUGCUGAGUUGUGCAGUGUAGGUAAAUGUAAAGCUUUAUAUGACUUCUCCUCAAAGAAAAAGGACGAGUUAAACAUGAAAGAAGGAGAUCUUCUCGACAUCCUUCGAAAGGACAACAGUGGAUGGUGGUAUGGAGAACUGAACGGAAAGAGAGGUCACUUUCCCUAUAAUUAUGUUGAAGAGUUGCCUGUUUUGAAAAUGGCAAAGUCUUCUGAUGCUUAAAUCAUGAGAAUAUGAGGUUUCAUUAUUUACCAGAGAACUUGAUGGUAGUGUACGAUACUGUAAUGAGUAGUGUUUUAGGUAGAAGCAUCAAGUUCCUUUAGAUUAUUUAUUACUUUUUAAAUGUGAUGUAGGGAACAUUUGUUGACUAUUGAGACUUUUGAUAAUUGGUACCAGCACAAUGCAUAAAAUCAUGCAGAUACAGGUCAAGAGCUUCAGUUAAUGUUCACAUCAAACAUCAGAAUGUGGAAAAUAAGAUCUCAGUGACUGCUGCAUGGUUGUUAGUGCCAGGCUGGUAUCUGUAUUUCAGAAACUGCUGAUUUCCUGGAAUUUUACACAGUUUGGUGUGAAAAACAACUGAGCAGCAGUUCUGCAGGUGAAAACACCUUGUUGAUGAGAGGAGAAUGGGCAGACUGGUUUCAGUUGACAGGAAGUCUACACUAACUCAAAUACUCCAACCAGCUUGUCUGGCACUAACAACCACGCCACAGUCACUGAGAUCAGCUUUUUCCUCAUUCUGAUGUUUGAUGUGAACGUUAACUGAAGCUCUUGACUUGUAUCCGUGUGAUUUUGUCCACUGCUCUGCUUCCACAUGAUCGACUGAUUGGAUAAUUGCAUGAAUGUGCAGGGGUGUGUGGCGGUCUGGGAAAACCCACUGGAUGUAGUUGUGGCUGAAUUCUGAGAAACAGCCAAAAAUGUUUUGACCAAAAUAUUGUUUUUGAUGUUGACAUCUCUAUUUUAAGAAAACAUAAAUAUUACCAAAACAACAUAAUUUCAAUACUACACUCAUCACAUUGGUUACUGACAUUAAGGAUUAUGCUGUCCAAAUCAACAGCAAUAAUAAUAAUAGUAAUAAAAAUAAAAACAUCUUUCAGUCAUACACUAUCAGAAGAAAAAGUCUACAUAGGUACAGGUACCAUUAAAAGCACAAAAUUGGACCUUAAAAUCCAAUUAUAUACAUUAAAUGCAUUUUAACGAUGCACUACAUACCAUUUACACCAUACGUACAGGUAUGAGACACUACUGAGGAUCUUUUUUGUCCUGAGAUUGUCUGGGAACAGCUUACUGAAUAAUAUUUCAUUUAUAAUUUGCAAACAAUGUUUGAUUUCAUUGGGAUUGCUAAAUGAUUAUAAUAACUUUUCAUCUAGCUCAUUUAUAUCAAUUCUAUAUUGUUUAUUAGCUGCAUACUUUGUGACUGUGUGAAAAUGAAUUACUCUUGGUGCUUGCAAAAAUUAGUGACAAGCAGCUUUUGCUCUGUGUAAUUCACUCACCACUUUUUUACCUGUGCAUAAUGAAUAAAACAGUCCAUUAUGACCCGA